GUGACUUUAGCAGUAACUAAGACAACAGCUGCUCCCGCUCAGAGACACAGGGAUGAGUCAGCCGUGAAGCCCUUCCCAAACACUAACGUUCACACGGACAACACCUCACAGUUGCUCCAGAUCCUCCGGUUGCUCCGAACACUAUCAACAAUCGGGAUGCAAAUGACUCCGGUCCAGUCCUGACUUCCAGGUGUUGGAGCUCCUCCUCUAUUGUCAGGGAGGGACACAAAGGAGAGGAACAGCCUAGAGGAGUUUGUAAUGAGUCUGGGUGCAGGUUGAGAUCAUCUGUGGGAGGUGAGGUGAAAACAACAGUUUUUAAGCUUUGACUAAACUCAAAAUGACCAGAAGAGGCUGAGCGAACUCAGUACCCAACUUUGGAUUUAGUUUCCAGGUGUUUCUGUCAGUGACAGAAAAGGAAUAUUUGCCAAAAGGAAAGCUUUUUCCUGAAAGGAUUCCGGAGUUCUUAGGUGAUCAUGGCGUCUUCCUUGAAAACGUUUCUUUUGGUCGCCCUCUUCUCUGCCUCUCUGGUCUGUUUAUCCCAGUCGUCCAACAGCAGCUCGAUCCGCCCUUCGUCCAACACCUCUUCCUCAAAUAAUACCUACCUAAAGGGUGUACGAGGCUGCGGUGCCAAACUAGAUCCGAUAUACAGGUACCUGUGCGACCGUCGGGCAGCGUGGGGGAUCGUGCUGGAGGCUCUGGCCUCCACGGGCUUCCUCUUCAGCGCAGGCCUCCUCUUCGGCCUGUUGGUCUGGUUCCUGUGCUGGUCGUCCUGGCGUCACUCGGGAUGCGACUUCGGGGGGACGGUCUUCUGCAUAUCGCUGUUCCUGCUGGCCGUAGCCGGGCUCUUCGCCACCACCUUCUCCUUCAUAAUUGAGUUAACGCCCCUGACCUGCCCCACCAGGAUCUUCCUCUUCAGCGUCCUCUUCUCGCUGGCCUUCUCCUGCCUGCUGGCCCGCUGCUUGGCCAUGCUGGGUUUCGCUGCGGCCCGUGGGUGGAGCGAGGCCGCCUUGGCUUUGGGGCUCUUCGCAGUGCAGGUCAUCAUCUCCACUCAGUGGCUGAUCGUCGUGCUGGUCCGGGACAAGAAGCCAUGCGAGUACAGCCAGGCGGAGUUCGCCAUGCUGCAGAUCUAUGUGCUGUGCCUGCUGCUCAUCAGCUUGAUCGUGUCCUUCCACAUCCUGUGCCCCUCCUGCUCCAUGGACAGCUACAGCUACAUGGGGCCCACCAACCAGAAGUCGAGGGUGCAUGCAACACUGAUCUGCAUCACCCUGGUCCUGUCCGCCUCCAUCUGGGUGGUGUGGAUCGCCAUGCUAACUAGAGGAAACGCCGAGAUAGGCCGCCGACCCACCUGGGACGACCCCGUGCUGAGCAUCGCCCUGGUGGCCAACGGCUGGGUCUUACUGAUAGGACACGGACUGGUUCAGGUGGCCUUCUUCUGCAGUGGAGAGGCAAACACCACUGCCAUGCCGCUAAAUUUUGGGGGCUGGACGAGCCCCAACGCUGACAAUGCACGACCGGGGAGCCAGAACGGAGGGAGGGAAAAUGGAAGCCACGAGACUGAGAGCAACAUCAGCAAAGGCAGAACCGAUCCCAAACUGCGAUCCCCCUACGAGUCCGGCUUCUCCAUGGAGGAGAUCGACCCUGCCAAAGACUACACCAUUCCUCGCCCUCAGACCACCAACUACACCGAGCCUUACGAUUAAGAGAAGCCGAGGCAGCCGGACGACCUUCAGGGUGAAAGUGGAGAACUGUAAAUAUCAUAAUGUAUAUAGUGGAGGGCACAGGAGGAUGGAGCCCCCCCAUCAUGGAGACUGGGCAGCUCUUUCUCCUCUGAUGGGGAAUCUGCGUGAAAGCUGGAAGCCAGCGUGUCAGGCGCCACGGGCUGCUGGGAGACGCUUCAUAAUGGCCCCGGAGUGGUAAAGGAGAUGUAAGGAGAUGUGAAACUGUCACUGUGGAGGUGUCAAGCUGCUGAGGAGCGCAGGAGGGGGGGGCACUGACAACACCACCGCACAGGAAGGCUGUCAGCUCUGUAUGACGGCUUGCUUCUUCACUGGUUUUUAUCUGAAGAGGGUCUGCUGGUGGGAAAAUAAUCCACUGAAGGACUUCAGGAAAGCACAAAAAAUGUUUUUUGCUUGUAAAUUGUUUGCAUCAAUAAAAAUGGAUCUGAAGAAGCUCUAAAUGUGUCUUUUGAGCUCAGAAAAAUGGAACAGAAAGUGUUGCAGUUUCACCACCAGAUGGCAAUGUUGAGUCAGUCUGUAAAGGCUGGAAGGAAGUCUCCCAGUCUGACAAACUGAUCCGACUUCCACCAACACACUCAAAAAUCUA